UAAGACAGUGAGGAAAUUAAAGUUGCAGGAAUUUAUUUUUCUAGUAAAUAUUUUAUUAAUAAACAUAUAAUUUUUUUCAACAAAUUUAAUAAAUAUUAGAAUAUCAUAAAUAACUAUAGUAAAAAAUUUAAUCAUGGCUGGUAUGCCUGAUCAAAGGUUUUUGUGGGACAUAUUUAGACGUGUUGAUAAAGAUGGAAGCGGAUUUAUUUCAGCAGAUGAACUACAAAUGGCAUUAUCUAAUGGAACAUGGUCUCCUUUUAAUCCAGAAACAGUUCGACUUAUGAUUGGAAUGUUUGACAAACAAAAUAGAGGAACAGUUAGCUUUCAAGAUUUUGGUGCUCUUUGGAAAUAUGUUACGGAUUGGCAAAAUUGCUUUCGAUCAUUUGAUACAGAUAACUCAGGAAAUAUUGAUAGAAAUGAAUUAAAGAAUGCCUUAACUGCGUUUGGAUAUAGACUUUCAGACAAUAUUGUUGACAUAUUAAUUAGAAAGUUUGAUAGAUUUGGAAGAGGAACAAUACUUUUUGAUGAUUUUAUCCAAUGUUGUGUUAUUUUAUAUACUCUUACCUCAGCAUUUAGACAAUAUGAUACAGAUAUGGACGGAGUAAUCACUAUUCAUUAUGAGCAGUUCCUCAGUAUGGUCUUUGCUUUGAAAGUCUAACUUUUAAUGUAAAUAUGAAAUAAUGUAUUCUCAAAUCAUCUAACGUGCUAAAUUUUUCUCUUUGUACCUUAAUGUAAAUUUUUUUAAACUAUUCAACUGGAUAUUAAAUUGUGUCAACUGUUUAAUGUUAAGUAAACCACAUGUAUUAAAAUAUUAUACUGUAUUUUUAUUUUUUAUUUUGUUAAUUAAAACAGAUCUUAUCAAA